UUCGAUUAUACCACUGAUAGUGUUCAACUUGCCAAUGAUUUAGGCCUUCCUAAAUUGACUAUUCGCCGCCUCUACUUUCGUCUAGUCAACUACUAUCGUAUUUUCGAUUGUUUAUGCACUUUAGAUCUUGACGAGCUCAUUACGCAAACACCAGUCAGUACUUGAGUUUAUUCUAAUCUGUUAUCUACAUAUGUGCUAUUUCUAUCAGGUGUAUGUCUACUACAACUCUUUUGUUGUUGUUGUUACAAGCCCUUUGAUCAAAAAGAUCAAAGGUGUUCAGAAAAGACCUUUAUCACGGUUCAUUUUUGCAUCAUUCACAAACUUCUGUCACCUAUAUUCUGCUAUACAUAGUUAGAGAAAUCCACGUGUUAGAAUCGUAUUCUAGAAGUCUCUAUAUUUUAAUAUAUGAAUAGAAGCAUCAUAUUUUUGUUGUCGUAAGUUUUAUAAUUCAUAUAUUACAAAUGAGUCUGUUUAUUAUUUUGACUCUUUGUUGAUCGAUUCAGUCUUGGACUGUGUAUCGAACAUAACACAAACAAAGAAGUACAUAUGAUAUAAUAUGAGUGUGGUUGAGGACAUAAAAAAAUUGAUGUGUUGAGUAGAUAACAGUUCUGACGGGUAAUCAGUGAAAGAUAUUCAAACGGAAUUUCUUUUUCUCAUUGUAUAUUGCAGAACAAUCUGGAAAUAACAGGACAUGCAGAAUGAAUUAUCAUAGGAUACACGCCUGUGAAUAUAAUACAGUAUAAAUAUGAGACGAAUCUCACAGUAUUACUAUUAUUCUUCAUUAUCACUACAUUUGCAUUUACACUAUCAUCGUCCUGUCAUGUCGUCCUUAAUGGUUAAUUUGAUUAUGUUGUUUUAUUCUUUGUCUGGUUCGACUAUAGCUGAUUUAGUUUGUCCGUCAUUAGGCAGUGCCGCCCCAUUUGCAGUGAUUGCUGGUAGCAAGGUAAGUAAUGCUGGUCUGUCAUACAUUACCGGCAAUUUGGCUAUGAGUCCAAGUAUUGCUCUAACGGGUUUUAGCAUUAUUCCGGGUAUUGUUGGUUAUAUUUAUGGGAAAAACGAACUUGGCACUCCAACUGCUUUACAAGCACAAAAGGAUGUAACAAUAGCUUUUAACGAGUGCGCUAACGCUCCAGUGACCAAACAAAUGACUGGUAUGGAAAUGGCUGGCCUGACAUUAUCGCCUGGUGUUUAUAAGUGGGACGCGGCAGCUUCGUUAAGUUUACCACUGGGCAUUUUGACACUAAAUGGUUCCGGUGUAUACAUCUUUCAAAUUGGUAGUGCCUUAUCAACAUCAUUUGGUAGUCGAAUUAUUUUAAUCAAUGGUGCCACUCCUGGUUGUGUCUUCUGGCAAGUCGGCAGUAGUGCAACACUUGGUUCCCAGAGUGAAUUCUCUGGUAUUAUAAUCGCCUAUGCAUCAGUCGUAUUUUCGGGCGGUAUCCAUUUAUUUGGAUCGGUCUUUGUACUAAA